AUGAUUUCAGCACAUACCUAAUCAAGAUUAGCCAAUGUUUUUCAAUCAAUCAGUGAUGGUGAAUAAAAAACUGAAGUAUUUCGUUAAGUUUUAGCCGAAUAAAAAUCGUUUGAGCCCUAUGCUUCUUUUUGUAGGCUUGAUAUUGGUAAAAAAGGAUAUUUAAUUUCUUCUGACUUAUAAUAAUUCCUCUAAUAAAAUUAAAUAUAUGCCACUCUUAAUGAAAUAUAAAAUAUAAUAUUUAACCUUAGUUCUACUAUAGAUGGAAGAUUAGCUUAUUCUAAUUUUGCUGAAGGUAUAUUACCAUAAGAAGAUCGAAGAUUAAAAUAAUUAGUAAAUUUAAGAGAAAGUUAUUAUAUAGAGGAUGGUUAAACUUUACCAUAUGAAUCAGAAUGGGCAUUAGUUCGUGUUUUCGAAUAAGAAAUUAAGAAUUUAAGAAAUACUGAAAAUCUAAAAAAAAUAUUAUAAAGAUCUUUAGAUUUUAAUAAAUUAAAUUGCUUUAAUUCCAUAGAUAGAUUAGGCUUAGGUUAUUUAGAUAUUCAAAGUAUUGAUGAAUUUAUGACUUCUUGUGAUUAAGCUUUAAAUGAGGAAUAACUAGUGGCCUUAUUCAGAAAACUAAGAAGUAGUAACUGCUAAAUUACCUAUACUUAAUUUGUCUAAAUUAUAUCUUUAAAUAAUGAAUAAAAUAUAUAAUAGUCUUCUCCUUCUAAAUUAUCUUAAUAUACUCCUUAAAAAAAUGAUUCACAUAAAAAAGAUUUCCUAUAUUAAAGCUAUUUGUAAAGAUCUGCUAGUCUAGAAAAAAGUAGAAAUAUUAAUAAUUUUUGCUCAUAAUAAUUAAAUUAACCUCGUAAUAGAUAUUCAAGCACAAAUAAAAAAUAAGAAAAUAGUUUAUAUAGAAUUAAUAAUAAUGGACUUAAAGAAAGUUCCUUACUUUAAAAUAAAUCGCCUUUAAAAUAAAAUGAAGAAGAAUAACUUGUUAAAGCUUUAAAAUAAUAAAUUGUUUUAGAUAGAGAUUUAGAAGACUUGAAGAAUUAACUAGCUUUAAGAAGAGAUUUUAAUAUUGAAGAUGCUUUCAGAAUUAUUGAUUAAAAUGGUAGAGGAUUUGUUUCUAAAAUCGAGUUUGAGUCAGCUUUAAAUAAAAUUGGAAUUUUUCCAAGUAAAAAUGAAUUGUUUUUAUUUUUCUAAAGAUAUGAUAAAGAUAAUGAUGGUUUAUUAUAAUAUAGUGAAUUUAAUGAUUUAAUAAGUCCAUAGAAUUUCGAAUUUGCGUAUUUGAGUAAAAGCAGAGAACCUUUAUAUUGUGAUCCUGAGAAUGGGUUGUUUAAUUUCUCGACUGAAACUAGAAGGAUUUUUUAAAAAUUAAUGAAUAAGAUUUUCUUGAGUGAGGUUGAAGCUGAAAUCAUUAGAUAAUAAUUAAAUAUAAGACCUUUAUUUUCUGUAUAUAAUGCUUUCUAAGCUAUUGAUAAUUUAGAUAGUGGGUUCAUUACUUUGUAAAACUUUAAAUAAAUACUUAAUGAUUAUGGAAUUUUCGUUUGUAAAGAUGAUCUUAAAUCUUUGGUUAAAAGAUAUGACAAGAAUGAAGAUUUUAAAAUUACAUAUAAAGAAUUUAUUAAUGAAUUAAUGCCAAAAUCACCACUUAAAUAAUAUUGA